AUGGCCAAGUCGUCCAAGAAGAAGAAUAGAGAACCCAAGGAAGAUAACGUCACUCGUCUAGGACCAAGUGUUCGUGAAGGAGAGAACGUUUUUGGAGUUGUUCAUAUCUUUGCUUCCUUCAAUGACACAUUCAUCCAUGUGACUGAUCUCUCUGGAAGAGAAACUCUCGUUCGUGUUACUGGUGGAAUGAAAGUAAAAGCUGAUAGGGAUGAGUCAUGUCCUUAUGCUGCUAUGCUUGCAGCUCAAGAUGUUGCUCAAAGAUGCAAGGAGCUUGGCGUCACAGUCCUUCACGUGCAGCUCCGUGCCACUGGAGGAAACAAGACCAAGACUCCAGGUCCUGGUGCUCAGGCUGCCCUUAGAGCUCUUUCUCGUUCAGGCAUGAAGAUUGGUCGCAUAGAGGAUGUGACUCCAAUUCCGACUGAUAGUACCCGGAGAAAGAAUGGUAGAAGAGGAAGGCGUUUGUGA